AUGCAUAACGUCAAAACGCUCCCAGCGCUGCUGUGCCUUCUGCUCGCGGUUGGCCCUACUGCUGUUCUCUCUGCUCCCAUUGCUGAUGUCGCAAGCCUGGACAAAAGGCAGGUCACUCACAGCAACACCGAUGCUGCCUCCGUCGUGGGCGCCGGCAUCCCCGAUGGACCCAGCUUCAACCAAGGCGACUUCUUCUCCACAAGCAGCGAUGAACAGCGCGAUGAGGACUGCGACGAGGAUGAGGAUAACGAUGGCUCAUCCUCUAGCCCGAGCGCGAGCUCAAGCAGCAACACCGGCGCCGCAUCUUUCAUGAACGCGGGCAUCCCCGACGGACCCAGCUUCAACCAAAACGAUUUCUUCUCUACGAGCAACGAUGAGGACCGCGAUGUGGGCGAUGGUGACGAUGGCUCGCAGUCGGGUUUCAGCACCAGUACUGACGCAGGCAACUUCGCCACGUUUGGUAUCCCCGACGGCCCCAGCGCUACCUUUGGAAAAGCCUUUCACCAUGAUUAUGAGGAGGCUCACUCCAAGCACCCCGAGACUACACCUGUUCCUGAGCCUAGUCCGCCUACGCCUACUGUAGAGACGCCUACCUCGACCCCUCCGGCUCAUACCCCUACUUGCGCUCCUCCGGCUCCUCCUUCUUCUGCUCCUCCUUCUUCUGCUCCUCCUUCUGCCCCUCCUACUCCUACUCCUCCUGCCCCUGCUCCUCCUGCCCCUGCUCCUCCUGCUUCUACUCCCUCUGCCCCGGCUCCUCCUUCGGCACCUCCUGCGCAGACUUCUGAAGUUCCUGCCUCAGCUCCUCCUCCGGCGCCUCCUGCUUCUGUCCCUGAAGCUCCUGUCGCUGCCCCCCCUCCACCAGCGCCAGCUCCCCCCGCUGAUCAUUCCUGUACCUGCAGUUGA